AUGACCAGGCGCGCAUCCGACCGCCGCUUGGUCGCGGCCCCGCUGCCGUCACCCCCACGCGCUGCUCCGCCCAAACUCAAGCAGGCCAUCCUGCUCGCCUCCAAACCGCAUGUGCUUUCGCGCACUGCGAUACGGCUCCGCCCCUGUCGGUGUGCCCGGCCGCUUCAAGUCGCUGUCAUCCACCUCUACAACUUCACCGCCGUGGGACUACCAGCGCGCCAAGCAGCACCACCGGUCCUAAUUAGUGACCAGGACAGGAGCCUCGCCUCCGAGCGAGCACCACGUGGCCUCGCCUCAAAAGUUCUGUUGCCACUUCACUUUUGCUGUGGGUGA